AGUUUGUGCGUGUGUGUAUAUAUAUUUAUUUUCUUUCCUCCCUUUCUUCUUUCUGCACACACAAACAAACCCACAUAAAAUUGAAAAAAAAUUUCUUUCUCCCCCUUCUCUCUAUCGCCACCCUCUUCUGCUUCUUCCUCUCUCUGCGCAAAAACCAGGAGAAGCAAAAAACCGACAGUGACAACACUAUGAGUUCCCCUGCUGACGACGGUCAAGACGGCUGGGUCAAGCUCGCCAUGAAUGACGAGGCGGCGGUCGUCGACCUUCUUCUCCGCCUCAAGCACGCCGCGCCGCCUUCGCCGUCGAAGCGCAGUAGUACUCACGGCUUUCCGACUUUGCGGUGGAGCGUAAGGCAGCGCCGUUCCAGGAACGUGCCACGUAACCAUCAUGCCGACGACGUCGCUGCCGAGGGAAGAAAGAGCAAGAAGGGUGAGUCGAGCGGCGCCAGGGCCAGCCCCACCACGCCUCUUUCAUGGAACGGGGCCACUUCGGUUAGCGGCGGCGGUGGCUGCGUCGACGGUUCAGAAGAAUCCAGCAAGCCGCUUAAGCCGACCGAUACCGCGAGAUCUAAGGUUGCUGUUAGAAGUGAAUUAACCAUCUUCAAGAGGCCAAGAAAGAAGAAGACGUUAGCUGAAUUAAAAGAGGAGGAAAGUCUGCUGUUGAAGGAAAGAAGAAAUUUGAAAAAUGAAUUGGCAGUGCUACGCCUCACCGUUGAGAAGCAAAGGGCCACAAAUGAAAGCUUGAAAAAAGUGAAGCUUGAGUUGCAAUUGCCGCAGACAAAAAUGAAAGCUACGACACUUGUACUGUCUGGUGAAGCCAUUUGGCAACAAAAUGAGCAAAUAAAUGCAGUUGGCUACACUACUCCGAUAAUGACAACAAGUGCUCAUUGCAAUAACGCUGGCACUUCACAAAGCUCCUGUCCUUCAAAUGUUUCUUCCAAGGGACAACAAGAGGUUGGGAGCCGAGACACUGCCUUUUCACUACCUGAUCUGAACCUUCCAUUUGGAGAGGACUCUAGCUCUGAGGUUUUAUAUUGAAUGAGCUGAGAAGAUUCAGACGGGUACUAGUGUUCAGUUUUUCCAACCACGCGGCGCCAAAAUCUGCAGUCCAUCCUCCGUUCCUAACUGUAUUUUAGGUUGACAAACUGUUAAGUGUAAGUAUAAAAGCCAGUCUCCUCUGCCGCUUCUUGAACUGAGUGCGGCGGGUGUUAUUUUGAUUCUCCAUAGAUGAAAAUACUGAGGGUAGUGUAGAUAUCCUAAGUUCUAGUUCUUUGGGAGCCCGCAUCCCUUUCCCUCUAUUUUUUCCGUGUCAUUAUAAUUUUAUUUUUCGGAAACAUCUACUGCUUAAUUAGUUUAAUCACUCCGUAUUGUAUUAAUGAUCUAUUAUCUGUCAUAAACUAGUAUUCAUUCUAUUUUAUUUUUCGUCUUA